GGAAUCGAUUGCACGAUGUUGAACAUCGCGGAAUAGGAUGACUGCUCUGAUUAUCGAGAUGAAAAUGAUGAUAUAACUACUAAAGAUUUAGAAGAUCAUAGUGUAAGUAAAAUCUAGAGCACAAACUCUAUGGGAUUAAAAUGUGAAACAUGAUGUAGCUGUUAUUCCCUCUUUGACCUUUUGGGGACGGGAAGUACAUAUGUGUGCUUUGAUUCUAAUACAAUCACUAUGUGAUCUAAGCGAAUCUCUAACGAGACUCGAAUGGCAGAUAUGACAGUAUAGAUCAUAGAUUUAUCAUUUUCGAUAUGUGUGCGAGUGGGCACGGUUGUGGCUGUGACUGUAAGUGUGGGUGUGAAGUGUGAAUGUUCUUCUUCUUGCAGUCACAGCCGCACCCUCACAACAACAGCCACAACAUACCCACACCCAAACCUACCCCACCCACAUCCACACACGACACCCACACUCACAUCCUACCCUCGCACUCUGUAUUUGCGAAUGAACACAUUGUUCAAUAUUUUAAAGAUUUCAUUGCUUUUUGCUACAGUAACCCCGUUCCCAAAGGAUUAAUCGUAUAUCCAUAACCGAUUUCGAGAUCUACUGUAGAUAGAGCCCAUCGGGUCUGAAAAUUAUAUUUGAUCGGGUUCGGACCCCGGUCCGGGCCUGAAAGUUUUUGCUCAUUAGGACCGAAUCAAAAAAACUUUUGAUGCAUAUAAUGAAAUCUAAGAAUAUGAUUCAAGUCCGGUCCCACAAAAAAAUGAUCGAUCAGGUCCGAGUCAGAAAAUCUUGAUCGACCGGGUCCAGAAACUCUUGGACCCGAUGGGCUCUAGCUGUAGAUUGGUCGGUUGUCGGUUUCGAUUCCAUCUCUGACAGUUAAUUGUAGGAAAGAUAUUGGACUACUGGGUCUGCCAUUAGAUACCGUCCUAUACCACAAGGCAGGAGUAUUCUUCCUUCCUGUGAUGGGUCUCUAGGGUGUUUGUAACAGUCGGGUGUGGAGCGGGAGAAGAUAAGAUUCAUAAGAACACAAUUCUACGUUAAUCAUGUGUUAAAGAUAUUUUCAUGAAUAUUUUUUCGAAUCUAUAAACUUCAACACUUAUCUUAGAUUGUGUUUUCACAAAAGUAAUCAUUAUAUGUUAGUACAGAUGAAAAGAAAAAAAUAUUAAAUUAUAUUUCUAAUUUUUCUAGGAACAAAAUAUUGAUGAUUGUGAUGAUAUAUUAACAUCAAUGAUGAUGAGUACAACACCGUGUAGUUUUGAUUCAAUUGAUCAAAUAUCAUCAUUUAAAAAUUCUCGUAAUCGUCCAUCAAUAUUACCAUUUGGUCGUUCACCAGGUUUUCGAAAUAUAUGA